AUGGCUAGCACACAGGGUGUUAACGUCUUCCGCUACUCGGCUCUCGUGGCUGGUCUCGUUUACGGAGUCUACCACCAGUCGUCCCUCAACUCCGUGGCCAAGCGCGCCGAGGUUGAGCACGAGUACGCUCGCAAGGAGCGCCUGAUCGAGCAGGCCAAGGCCGAGUGGAAGAAGCGCAGCCAGCCCCAGGAGACCCAGACACAAGCCACUGGCCUCAUCACCGACCCCGAGAACCCCAAAUUCGAUCUCGAGGCUUUCUUGCAGGCCAAGGCUUAG